UGUGUGGUUUGAGAGUAGAAGGAGGGCUGAUAGAGCUGAUAAACAUCUGUCCAGCUGUGUAUAAAGCUGCAGCCUGCAGAGAGCCGCUUCACUCCGUCGCAGCCAUGGCCUUCAGCACACUCCUCACUGUGCUGGUACUGAUCCACAACACUGGAGGUUUGCUUGGGGCUGAGGUGAGGAGCUCCAUCAUCGGGGGCAAGGAUGCUCGAGAGGGCAGAUGGCCGGGGAUGGUCCACUUGAACUUAACUGAUGGUAAAGGCGUCAAGUGGCGCUGUGGCGGCACCAUCCUCAACAGUCAGUGGGUGCUGACUGCUGCAAACUGCUGGGAAAGAGAACCUGCUCCUCUCUGGAGGAGAUCAUUUGUUGCGGUCGGCUUAGACAAGCUGCAGAAGGCCGGUAGACGUUACAUGGAAAUAUACACUGUCAUGUCCAACCCUGCCUACAAUCGCGUGACCUACAUCAACGACAUCGCCCUGGUGAAGCUGAAGAAAACGGUGAGGUUCGAGAAGAAUGUGGCCCCAGUGAGUCUGGACAGAGCUGACGCCUUCGGUCCGUCAUCUGAGUGCUGGAUCGUUGGCUGGGGGUACAAAGGGACUAAUGAUCCACUGCCGGAUCCGGAAACCCUUCAGGAGCUGAAGAUUUCCAUCAUUCCUCACAGUGUGUGUAAGGCCAAGUACCCCGCGCUGACUUCAGACCAGCUGUGUGCCGGAGGUGUGGAGGCUGGAGGGGAGGACGCCUGCCAAGGGGAUUACGGCGGCCCUUUGAUGUGUCGUGCAGCCGACGGUGGCGAUGUGCAGGUGGGCAUCAUGAGUUAUGGGAGUCCUGCCGGUUGUGGUCUCCCAGGCCGCCCCGGCGUCUACACCAAAGUGUUCAAGUAUCUGUCCUUCAUCGAUGCUUACACCAAGCAGGGCAAGGAGGCCCCCGCUGAGGUGUGAACUUCCACGGAGCUGAAGCUGACAACCCGCCUUCCUCUUUAUAGCUCCUCUCCUGUGUUGCGCUCCUUGUCCCUGUCCCUGUCCCUGUCCCUUAUUAGAGUUGUCAUGCACUCUGGUUUGUUCAUCUUUGCAUUAAAGCUUUAAAGCAUCAAUUUAA